AUGGCGCCACUGAAAUCGCUGUGGGCUUUCGCCGCCCCAGGCCUCUUGUCCCUGGCUUGGGCUAAGCAGGCCCAAUUCGAGUUGAACCUGACUUGGCAGAAAGGUGCCCCCAACGGCAAUGUCCGUGAUAUGAUCUUUAUGAACGAUCAAUUUCCAGGACCUGAGUUGCGGUUUGACCAAGGUGAUGAUGUAGAGAUCGUUGUGAACAAUAACAUGCCCUUCAACACCUCGAUCCAUUUCCACGGCAUUGAACAGCAGGGUACCCCAUGGUCUGAUGGUGUCCCUGGCUUGACGCAAAAGCCUAUCCAACCAGGCCACAGUUGGACAUACCGCUGGAAGGCUACCCAAUAUGGAACCUACUGGUACCAUGCCCAUGCAAGAUCCGAGAUGAUGGAUGGUCUCUAUGGGCCAAUCUGGAUCAACCCGGCUCCGGAUGUGCUCGACCCAUUCCAUCUCAUUUCAAGUGAUCCUGAUGAUAUCGAAGCUAUGCGUCAAGCGGAAAAGAAUCCCCAACUUGUCAUGUUGUCAGACUGGGACCAUUUAACGGCUGCUGAGUAUCAGCAGGUGCAACAGGACACCCGAGUGAACAUCUUCUGCAUGGACAGCGUUCUUGUCAAUGGCCGGGGUGCGGUUUACUGCCCUGGAACUCAAAAUAUCUCUGCGGUUGAGCUUUCUUUUCUCAAGACCGCGAUUGACAACCAACCGCUUACCGACAAAGGCUGCCUGCCCAACGUCUACGAAACCCAAGGAAACUUCCCACCCACGAACCCGGAGCGCAUUCCUGAGGGCCUCAACUCUGGCUGUGUUCCAACGACAGGCCUUCAUGAGAUCAUUGAGGUAGACCCUAAUGAUCAAUGGGUUGCCCUCAAGUUUAUCAGCGCCGCUUCCUUAAAGUCCUUGAUGUUCUCUAUCGACGAGCACCAGAUGUAUAUCUAUGAAGUUGAUGGAAGUUACAUUGAGCCGCUACCUGCUGAUAGUGUCAGCAUUUAUAAUGGUGAACGCUAUUCCGCUAUGGUUAAGCUCGACAAGGUUGGGAAAGACUACACCAUCCGAGUUCCCGACACACAGGGCGAUCAGGUCAUCUCUGGCUUUGCUACGAUGCGAUACAAAGGCUCCUCAAACACCGAGCCCUCUAAGCCUUCUGUUAACUAUGGCGGACAGAGCACCUCUGAUUCAGUCGUAGCUCUAGAGCAGAGAGCCAUAAAGCCUUACCCAGAGGUUUCCAUUCCUCGACAUGCUGACCAGCUGGUUAACCUAACCCUCGGCCGCUGGGGCUCCGCCUACACCUGGACCGCUGCUGGGAAUGCACUCUAUGACGUUAUGGCGAACUGGGAUGACCCUAUUCUAUACGACCUCGACGCUAGAAACAAUCUGGCCGAGCAAGUGACCAUCCAGACCUUGAAUGGGACGUGGGUCGACCUGCUCCUACAACUGGGAGAGAUGCCGGGCUCUCCCGCGACUCAGGGUCCACAUAUUAUGCACAAGCACUCUAACAAAGCCUUCAUCCUGGGUGUUGGUCCCGGUUUUUUCAAUUGGUCCAGCACUGAGGAGGCUGCUGACGAGCAUCCUGAAUAUUUCGAGCUGGACAACCCUCAGAGGCGAGAUACUUUUGUCACAAAUGGUCUUUCGGGUCCGACGUGGAUGAUUUUGCGGUACCAGGUAGUCAACCCAGGACCAUUCUUGCUCCACUGUCACAUUGAAACACACCUUGCCAACGGCAUGGCCGUCGCCUUGCUUGAUGGUAUUGAUGUGUGGCCCCAGGUUCCAGCAGGCGAGGACCAAAGCCCCACACGGCACACAUAAUCAGUGAGGCACAGAUGGCUAGCUAGAGUUCAGCCGGGAGGCCAAGUGGGAUACACUGCCUUUAUUGGUUCAUAUGCACCUGUCGCUCCUGUGCGUUACACUCCAAGCACAACGCUUGCUCCGGCUGUCUCUACA